UUCGUACUCGAGAGCUCAACAGGUUGUCGUCUAGCUGCAUCUGGACUCAGUAAUCCACGCGGUCCUCCACCGGAGAACCUGGUCACCGAUGCGAUUGAGGAGCUCAUGACGAGUGUCCGAGCUGGAUCUUGUUGCGACAAAAACAUGCAAGAUAUGCUCGUUUUGCCUAUGGCCCUGGCUGACGGAAAAUCGAGCAUCCGCACUACUGCCCUCACCUUGCACACCCAGUCGGCUAUCUACGUGGCAGAAAAACUCCUGCCGGUAAAGUUCGUCGUCGAGGAACAGACAGAUGGAACAGUCAUUCUGUCUUGCGAGGGCAUCGGACUUAGUGCAUCCUCCUAA